AUGAGGACAUUCCAUUUGGUAGGACGUAGCGAGACGAGUCAGAAGACACUGCAGGAAAUGGCGGCGGAAGAGGGUGAAGAUCUGAUGGAUAUAAAAGUUGAAAUUAAAGCAGAAGAAGAAGAGAGGGGAGUUAAUGCCAAGAACAGCAUCUGUAAGCUGCAGACUUGUAGAUUGAUCUACACAGGUGAUGCUGAUGCAAGAACACUAGAGAAUAUGAACAAUGCACAUUCCACUUCGUUUUUGCCUCAGACUGUGAGGGACGGUGCCGUCCUUCCAACGUAUAAGGGGUUUUCCUGUACUGAGUGCGGGAAGUGUUUCCAUUCUAAACCUAAUCUUAUCGUGCAUAAAAGAACUCACACAGGUGAGAAGCCGUAUUCCUGUCCUGAGUGCGGGAAAUGUUUUUCACAAAAAAGCAAUCUCCAAGUACAUCACUUGUCUCACACGGGGGAAAAGCCGUAUUCUUGUUCUGAGUGCGAGAAAUGUUUUGUAAUAAAAUCACGUCUGGUCACACAUCAGAGAUUUCACACAGGGGAGAAGCCGUAUUCCUGUCCUGAGUGUGGAAAAUGUUUUGUAAUAAAAUCACAUCUUGUCACACAUCAGAGAUCUCACACGGGGGAGAAGCCGUAUUCCUGUCCUGAGUGCGGGAAAUGUUUUGUAAUAAAAUCACACCUUGUAGUACAUCUGAGAUCUCACACGGGGCAGAAGCUGUAUUCUUGUCCUGAGUGCAGGAAAUGUUUUGUAAUAAAAUCAGCACUUGUCGAACAUCAGAAAUCUCACACAGGGGAGAAGCCGUAUUCCUGUCCUGAGUGCGGGAAAUGUUUUUCACGGAAGUCAAAUCUUUACAGACAUCAGAAAUCUCACACGGGGGAGAAGACACUUUCCUGUCCUGAGUGCGGGAAAUGUUUUUCAGACAAGUCCAGUCUCUACAUACAUCAGAAAUCGCACACAGGCGAGAAACCGAAUUGCUGUUCUGAGUGCGGGAAAUGUUUUUCACAGAAGUACAAUCUUUUGAGACAUCAGAGAUGUCACACGGGGGAGAAGCCGUAUUCCUGUCCUGAGUGAGGGAAAUGUUCCUCCCUGAAGUCCUGUCUUCCUGU